CCCCCUGAACGAGAUUACACGAGAUCGCUUAUCCGCCUCUCCCGCUGAAGGUUUUUGGCGUUGUUUCGCUGGUUUCGCUACGUCAUACGCUCGUAUAUUCCUUUAUUUUGGCUCUAGGCUGUCCGUCCAGUGACGGGUGGUAAGAAUUUCGGCUACUGUAUUGUUCUGAGAGUCCGACGCGAGUGCCCCAACAAAGCCGAACUCUGGUGUAGGCUAUUGGUUUGGCUCGCUGAAGCAACGCAUUACCGGCCAUAGUCGUCAGCCUUUGUUUGCUAAAGUGAGCAGCUCGACUCAAAAGAUCCUGCGAGAAAUGCAGCAUGCGGGCUUCUGCCUGUGCCGGUCCUGAUUUGCACAAGCCGUCCGGGGAGUUGUGAUCUGGAACCAGCGCGAGAGCUCUCAAGAUAGAGCGCCAGCCGGGAAUCAGCGGUGUGCUGCCUGCGAUGGACAAGAAGAAGCCCCUGAAGCGGCCGCGCAUGGACAACCCGCCGCUGGGGGCCCGGGGCCCUGUAGCGAAUGGGCCCCUGCACGCGCGGCCCCUGGUGGCGCUGCUGGACGGGCGCGACUGCUCGGUGGAAAUGCCAAUCCUCAAGGACGUGGCGACGGUGGCCUUCUGUGACGCCCAGUCGACCCAGGAGAUCCACGAGAAGGUGCUGAACGAGGCAGUGGGGGCUCUCAUGUGGCACACCAUCACCCUGACCAAGGAGGACCUUGAGAAGUUCAAGGCCCUGCGUAUCAUUGUGCGCAUUGGGUCGGGGGUGGACAACAUUGACACGAAGGCAGCCGGGGAGCUCGGCAUUGCCGUGUGCAACGUGCCGGGUUACGGCGUGGAGGAGGUGGCCGACACAACACUCUGCCUGAUUCUCAACUUGUACCGGCGCACCUACUGGCUGGCCAACAUGGUGCGUGAGGGCAAGAAGUUCCAGGGCCCCGAGCAGGUGCGCGAGGCGGCCCAGGGUUGUGCCCGCAUCCGGGGAGACACGCUGGGCAUCGUGGGCUUGGGGCGCGUGGGCACGGCGGUGGCUCUGCGAGCCCGGGUGUUUGGCUUCAACGUCAUCUUCUACGACCCUUACCUGCCGGACGGCAUAGAGAAGUCCCUGGGGCUGAGCCGGGUGUACACGCUGCAGGACCUGUUGUUUCAGAGCGACUGUGUGUCGCUGCACUGCACGCUCAACGAGCACAACCACCACCUGAUCAACGAGUACACGAUGAAGCAGAUGCGGCCCGGCGCCUUCCUGGUGAACACAGCUCGAGGCGGCCUGGUGGACGAGGCUGCCCUCGCGGCGGCCCUCAAGGACGGCCGCAUUCGGGCCGCCGCCCUGGACGUGCACGAGAACGAGCCCUACAACACCCUGGCAGGUGAGGCCCCAGGCAGAGCUCCAUGCCGGGACAAGGGCCCCCUGAAGGAGGCCCCCAACCUGAUCUGCACACCGCACGCGGCCUGGUACAGCGACGCCAGCUGCACAGAGUUGCGCGAGAUGGCGGCCACGGAGAUCCGGCGGGCAAUAGUGGGGCGCAUCCCAGACUCGCUGCGCAACUGCGUCAACAAGGAGUACUUUGUCGGCUAUGGGGACGGCAUCAACGGGGGCGCCUACAACUACAACCCCAUGGGGGUGCCACACUCUACGACAGCGCUGGAGCCGCUGGCACCCGGCGUGCCGCACUCGACCUCGCACCUGCAGGACUCGGCCAACCACCUGGCCCCCAAGCCCGAGAGCUCGGAGGUGCACUGACAUAUCAUUCCAGGGGCCCCUCCUACGACCUUCAUUCCUCCUGUCUAGCUCUUGUGUGCUUCUGUUUCCCCUCCUAGGUAGGCUCUUUUAGUUGGCUGCUUUAGGCUCCAUUCCUUCCACGUUCAUGUGUGCAUUAACAUUUGAUGGGUGGCAGUCCCAAAUAAAACUUGGCACCUUUUAACGCUCGGUCCCUUCUUGGCGCUUGCCCGGCCGCUCCGGGGCCCUGUGGCUUGCCGCUCGGAGCUUGCGCUGGGUGCUGCUUGGGGGAGCCGCCGCUUCUUCUUUUGUAAGCAUAGGCGUCUGGACGCAGUGCAGUUCACUUGCGCCCGCCGGGAGGCGUUCUAGGCUGCUGUCGACAUUUGUUUUCCAUUUGGGAGGCUGCGCUUGGGCGGUCUGCCCCAAUUGAAUUGGGAGGGUCUGUUGAUGUCGACGUCGUAGGUGAACUGCACUGUGUACACAUUUUCUUCUGUAAACCAUUCUCGAGGCACACAUACAUUUUUGUUGAUGGCUGAUCGUACUUACUGGUACCAGUCAUUUUGAAAUCUUCCUCGGCUUGCUAUGUAGUGUGAGUUUUUAAGUCGCCGCUUUUUAUGUUACUCUUUAUAAUCUUUUGGAAACUUUUUGCACAUUGAGUUUGCACUGGAGCCGUUUCAAAACAAGGCAUCAAUAUGCGUCAAGUCUCGGAGGGGAGAUUUGAGUUCAUUUGACAAUGCACAUGCACAAGGACUAGGUGUGCAGAAGGUUGUCUGGCCGAAACGUUGUACUCAUCUUCUUUUUUUUUUUUUUCUUUUUUUUUCACUAGCCUUGUGCAUGUGUGUUGAUUUUGUUCUUUCUGGCUGUACUCAUCUGGUUAUCUUAGGACAAGUGCAGCAUUUUGCCACAAUCUGUGGGUAUCCAUCAGAAACAGACUGCAGUCGUGCCUCGUUAGUAUGAACACUCGUUGAGAGAACAGUUGGUGUGCAAGCCUUUCGAGGGCUAGCUGGUUUGGUGGAGUAAUGCCUGACUUCCCACAAACUUUGUCAUGGGGUGCAUUUCUCGCGCUCGGUUAGGCGUUUCUCAAAUAGGUAUAAAAAUUCCUUCUUGCCUGUAGACUUGUACUAUCUCUGCUCUAAUGAGGCUGGUAGGUUGCCCCACUGAAGAGGAAAUGUGCUCAUGUGCUAGCUGGUUUUUAUCUAUUGUCUAACAUUGCCAGUAUGUCGCGUGUUCAGGAAUUGCCUCACACGUAUCGUUGAUAAGCUUAUUGAAGGUUGUGGACUUUAGUGUCAUCCAUUUGAAGCUCCACUGAAUACAAUGUGGGUAAUAUUGGCAGACUGAUGCCAUGCAGGCAGUUUCUAGUGGUAAAAUGAUCUUCACCUGUGCUAACACAUAAAAUGAGCAGUUGCUACAGGUUUACCUCGAAAGCAACCCGGCUUUUUACAUUAUGCCAGGUCAGUACAUGAAAACAUUUAUCAUUUCAAGCUUUUGUCUUUGUAAUGAACACUAUUGUGGGAAGUUGGGCUUUGCUAUAUUGAACUUGUGAUGUAUGUAUGCUCUGUCCCACCUUGAAUGAAUCCUGGCAAGUGCUACAAGCUGUCUGAGCCAGUCUUGCACUGAGAAUGUGCAGCUUAACUGUGUGCCUGGUUAUGAGGUGGCACACAUUUGCCACUGGAUUGCUUGGUUGGCCAUAAUGUCCGUUUAGGGUGAAACAGAGUUUCUAGCUAUCGUGUGUUCAGGACAUCUUUUGUGUUAAGAAAUUUACAGUAGCUCUUCUUUUAAGGGAAGUUCUCACUUUGUUUUGAAGGACAUGGGAAUGCAUUGUGGGAGUGCGCAUCCAAAGUGGUUUUUAGCAACACUGAUACUUGCUAAAAAUUUGCUUUAAGAGUUUGAAAAUGUCCGAGUAAUACCCAAAGAAAAUUGGGAGGUAGUUCCGAUUAAACCAUGUGUGGGCACUUGUUUGGGCUGAACUUCAUUAUAAAUAGGCUUCCGUGUUUUCUAUUUUUCUGCAAAUUCCAAGAUGUGUUUUUUCUACAUAAGGUUGUUUGUCAAGGCUCUUGUGGGCAAAAAUAGGGCAUGGGAUUCCUCAACCUGCAGGUAACAUGCGUGCACCCGAAUACUUUGAAAGUGACCCAGUACCAAUAAGAGAAGGAAACGGGGGUGUGGUUCCGAAAAGGCAGCUGCCUCGGUGACAGUUCGGUCGAGGCUAUGUUCCCGAUUGGCACAAAAUGGAGUUGUACACCCAGGAAGGUGUGGUUUUUCGUAUUCGAGGAGAGCUCGAAUUUUGGGUUUUUAGGUUUUCCUUUAUUUUCAAUAAAACUGGCUCGGGUGGAUUAAAUUUGGGGGUUUAUCGGUAUUUGAGGAAAACACGGAACCCUAAUUAUGAAUUUGCGUCCAGCUAGAUGAGUUCUUAUUAAUCGGUUUGAGCAGACUAAGGUUGUGCUGUUGUGCAUGUGACUGCCUUCAUCUGGCAGUCUUCCUGCGAGUGGAACAAAUUUUGGCUGAACAAAUGUCAAAGACCAUUUUUGGCAACUGCUGUUACUCCCCCCCCCCCCCCCCCCUGCAAGAAGGAAAGUGGCAGCAUUGACCUCAAUAUUAUAUGGUGGUCAUCACUUAUAUUCAAGCAGGUGUCUUUCUUUUUGCAUCGCUGUACAUUUUGCAUUAUCACCUUGUGCGUCUUUGAGGCUUCCCUGGCUCCAUUUUGGAAGAAAGCUGGAGUUUUGUGCUGGAGCCCGAUAGCCCACCCUCUUGCCCACUGGCCCUAUGGAUUUCCGCAAAGCAGUCGCAGCAGACAGUUCGAGAGACUUGUUUCUGUGCACUAUCUUGCACUGUGCAUGUCAAAGGGCCCGGGAUUUGUGCCAUUAUUUAUGCAAUACCUUGAAAAGGAUGGCUGUUUGUUUUUGUAUCCUGCACAACUUCUGACAUGGUGCGGCUGCUUGCUUGGUGGGGUACUUGUUGGCACGCACGUCUGCUUGGAUCUGGCCUUUAAGGAACAUGGUUGCUUUUAGUGAUUUCCCCAACUCGCCAAUCCCUUUCUCAUUUGAAUGUACAAAUUUCUUCGGGCGAGCCAACAGUUUGUUUCUUUAUCUAGGGUCAUAGCGAGACAUUUUUCACAGGAGGUGGACAGUCCUGUCCUUUGUGCUAAAGUCAGCUGUAAGUAGAGCAGCCUGGCAUUGUGCUACGCUUUGCGAGAACAAAGCACUUGUGACGAGUGAUGUUGUAUGGCGUCAUCCUGUAUGUCCAGUCUCCAGAUAGUCCACCAAACCAUCCCCUUCAAUGUGCAUUAUAACGAGCGUGCGUCAUUCUCUAUUCCCAAAGCUGGAACUCUUCAUAGUAAUGUGAUUUUAGUAUGUCAGGUGGAAGGAAUUCAUGCUAUAUUGUUUUGUCCAUACUGCUAGAAAUCCAUAUUAACAAGGCACGACUGUAUUUGAGUUCGUCUGAAUUAAAUGGUUAAUGUACACGUCAUCCCACUUUAACUUUUUCUUGCGGUGUUAUUGGCCAUUUGGGACAUUGCCCAGGCUUGUCUUAUCAUAGCUGAAAACCUUGGCUCCUAUGUGUAAGAAGCAUGUGUGCAAUGCCCUUUGUUUCAGUAUAUGCUUUUUGUCUCAUUUCACACACACAAAAAAAAAAACAUUUUUGUUGCGUAACUUGUACAAAUGGUGCUGGUCAGUGAAGUUUUUGCUCUUGUGACCAAUAAAACAUGUAUACAAUA